AUGCGCACAGUUCUCUUUAAUGGGCCAUUUAUUCCCGAAAUGGAUGCUGGAUACAAUAUUCAAACAAAUGGUGUUAGUAUUAACUUUUUAAAAGAUCCUUUUUGUUUUAGGUAUAAUAUAGUAAAUGCAAACGAUAAAAAUGAACCAAAUAAACCAGUAAAUUUUAUUGACAAAUAUAUGAAAAUAUUGAAUCCUCUAACAACCACAAAAUUAGUGGAAGUGCCCCGAUAUAUAUAUAAAGAACGUAUAAUAAAUAAAAAAAAUAUAAUAUAUAAGAAUGUUUAUGUUCCAUAUAUAGGCCCUGUUUAUAAAAUUAAGGAAGUAAAAGUUCCUAUUUAUAAGGAAAAAAUAAAAUAUAUUCCAAGAAUCAUUGAAAAAGAAAAAAUUUAUGAAAUACCAAAAAUUGAAAUAAAAAAUAAAAUUCAAGAAAAAUUGGUAUACUUACAUAGGAACAACAUAAAAUAUAAAAAAUUAAAUCAUGUUGUUGAAAGAGUUGUUCCCAUAUUAAAAACUGAGGUUAUGGAAAAAACUGUGAAAUUGCCAAAUGUCCAAAAUCAAAAAAUUUUAGAUAAAAAUGGAACUAAUAGAAAUAAAGCCUCCGGUAUUCCAGAAACUAGUGGAGAAUUAUGCAAAAUUGAUCAUGAAAAAAAAAAUAGUGAACAAAAGAAAAUAGAACAAACUACAAAAGAAGAUAUACUCGAAAAGAAAGAAGAAAGAGAAGAAAUUAACGAGAAAUAUGAGAAAAAAAAUAUUGGGGAAAUAGAAGAAAUAAAUGAAAAUGAAAUUAUAAAGGAAGUCGAAGAAUUAAAAGAAGAUAAAGAAAUAAAGAAAAUAGAAGAAAAUAAACUUAAUAUAUAUAAUUGUUCUCUUCCCUUAAAAUUAAGUUUAUCUCAUGAAAUUAAAAAAAAAAAACAAUUAAGUACAGAAAUAUCAUCACAAAAACAGUAUUUAAAAUUUUCUGACGAACUAAAUUUAUCCAAUGUUAGUAGUGAAAACACAGAUAUAAGCUUUAAUACAUAUUCAACUGAAAAUACAAAUUAG